GCGAGACUUCGUGAGCUUGAGCCUGAGAGUCCGUGCCUGAGACCGAGACCGAGACCGCACACUCACUACUCGUACUAUCCUCGUUCGGCCAUGGUGGAUUCAUGUCUCGUGAGUCGUCCUUCGCAGCUAAUAGGACCUCUUCAUGAGAGAAGCACGUACCAUACCCGCACUCACUACUCGCACUACCGGUAUACUCAUUCAACCACGGUGGAUUCAUCUCUCGUCCACCGCAGCCAGAGACCUUUCCAAGACUUCCAGAGCCAAGUACCAGUCUACCAGACCCAUCCACCCCCCGUUCCCCAUCUCACCAUCCUUCCGAUCCGCGACGCCUUACACAAAUCCCACGAGCACUGUCACACGGAAUACAGAACACACCUGCGCACGAACUCCUACACGGCGCUACGGCGCGAUAACGACAACUGUACUCGUACAUCUGCCAUGCAGGAAUGCUGACUCGGUUCUGAGCUCCUUGACCGCGGGGAAGUGGAUGUGGCCAUACACACACACUCACACACACAUACACACGAGCUCACACACACGAUCUCAAGCUCGAGCUCGAGUGCGCAGCUUCAAAAGUCUGAGACCCAUCGUUUGCUCUCCCCAGUCUCCAGUCCUGAGUCCGCCCAGUCCAUGUUCAGGCUGCACACCUCCACCUCCACCUCCACCUCCACCUCCACCUCCACAUACACAUUCAAGGCCUACACCCCACCCCACCACGAGCGAGAGUCUGAGUCCUCGUCGGAAAAAGAGGCACGCGGAUGGCGUGCAUAUGCAUACUAUCCGUGGCGCCCUCAUGCUCCCAAGCCUUUGGGGGCGCUACUGCCUACUGGGGAUCGCUCGUGGAGGGGCGGGGCCGCGGGGCUGGUGGACACAUAUUGGUGGAACAUGACGUCUGGGCUGGGGUUUGGCGAUGAUUCACAUUUUGACAACCCCAUGUGCGUACGAGGUUAUGUAUCUGCAGUACCACGCCGCGGGGCUCCGGCCGUAGUGGAUCCGAGACUCGUUGAGACUUGAGACUUGAGGGGGAGGGAGGCGGACGUGCAUACACGGUGCACACGUGGGUACUUGGGUACUUGGGUACUUGGGUACCGAGCUGUGGAGUAGUGGAGCUGCUAGAGCAGCCACAUAAUUCCCAAGUACUUACCGAAAGUACCGAGCUGG